AUGUCGCUGUCGUCGGGCGGCUGGUACAAGCUCGACUCGGACUGGCGCGUCGUUGCCGACGAACCGAAGCAAAAAGGGCUGGACGACGGCAAGCCCGGCUGCAUCUCGCGCCGGGACGGCGACCGGCGGGCGGUCAAGCACGACCUCGAGGGCGGCCACCUAAUCGCGCGGCUCGUUUUCUUUUAUCUGAGCGUUGGGGGGGGGGGCAUGGUCAUGCUGACGAUUUUGGGCUCACUUGCCGCUGCUCUGCCAACGCUCCCCGCGCAUUCCGGCUCGCGGCAAUUGCUGGACAGCCAAGCUCGAGUCGGCCUCAAGUGCUCCAGCCAGGCAGACUGGCGUUGUGUGCAGCGGCAUUGCCGGCGAAAUGAGACACUCGCUGGCGCCUACCGCGAGCACGACGCCAGCGCCGUCGACACGUGUGCCAUGCUUUGCGCAGACAGUGUUGCGUUUACGCUACGCCUGCCAAUGGGCUGCUUCUGUUGGGCAUCCUGCACCACUUUCGAGCCGCCACAUAAGUGGCAUGGGCGCGCCGUCACCUACUUGCAGCAGGUCAACCAGUCCGUGCGCCGGCAUCCGCCGCGAGUUGAUUGGAAUUUGCUGCUGAAGCAGCUGAAGCUGCCCUCGUCGUCUGGAUCUGCCCGCGUCGCCAUCUGCAUGUCGGGUGAGUUGCGGAGCUUUCAGCGAUUGGCGUCCAACUUUGUCGCCUCAAUUCAACGCCCGAACGAUGCGGACGUCUUCUCGUAUCUGCAUGUUGCCAAAGCCGACGAGGCCACAGUCGAAUGGAUGCGGGCUCAGCCGUGGUCAAAGGCGCUGGUCGCCAUACCAUUCACUAGACAAAUUCGCGACUUCCUAAUUUCCGAAUUCCCGGAGUAUUCGCGAAUGCAGGCACAUGACACCUACGAGCGCGCUGUUAUUCACAAGUCGUCAGUCAACCGCAUCGCCAUGUGGCGCGGCAUUUACAUUUCGAACCGCAUGCGAUCCGAAUACGAGUACACGCACAAUGUGCGCUACACGCACGUCGUUCGUAUGCGCCCCGACACCGCAUUUGGCGUACCCUUCGUUGAUCUGCGCACCAUUGAUUUGAACAAAACGUUCUACUUCGAAUCGGAUGGCUUCGCAGUCGGCGAGCCAAGGCAGUACGACAUUUUCGCGGACGUCUAUCCCCACUUUGCAAGGCUCUUCCGAGAGCGGCCGUCUCGGCUCGGAGGAAACUACGUGUCGGAAUCGCUGGCCUACGAGCAUUUUCGCCAGUUCGAUGGAGCCUUCCCGUACGAUGGCAACGUCGUGCGUGGCAAACAUCUCAACGUCUGGUUUUUCAACCACCGCGUCCGGUCUCAUCUCAACGAUCAAGCUCGAGCACUGCAGAUACCAUCGGGCAACACCUUGGCGGUGCACUGUGGCGGAAAGAAGGCGGAGUGCAUCGAGAUGAUGCGUAGAUUGGUGUAG